UCAUCUUGUAGAAUUGAAGCCUUUGAAUCCUCUCUCUCUCUCUCUCUCUCUCUCUCCGAUCCAAUCCAAUCUUCUACUCUUCAUCUUUUUGUUUGGAAGCCUUUGGAUCAGCAUGAACGGGCGAAGCAGCGGGGCGAGCAGGCUCAGCCGGUGCAUGAAGGCGCCGAUACGCAUGCUGUGCCGCGCCUGCGACUUCUACGUGCGCAGAAUGAACAGCUGCGCCGGCCGGAUGCCACAGGGCGGCGCGCUCGGGUACACGAUGACCACGACGCUUCCGAGGAGCUUCAGCGUGCAGUCGGGGAGGACGAGCAUGAGCGGCGACGACGACCUGCAGGAGCUCAUACGGGCGAAUUCGGUGAGCCGCACGGGCGGCGGCCGGUUCGACCUCAAGGGGGCGUCGCCGCAGCAGCCGGCGGUGGUGCCGAGGAGCCAGAGCGUGGCGAUCGGGAGGAUCGACGAGGACAAGCCCUGCGACUUCGAUGACGACGUGAAGCUGGGCUCCGACUUCCUGUUCCCGAGGAGCCGGAGUUAUGCUGUUGCGCCAAGGAGGAGGGUUGCAGCCUUUGUUUGAUGAGGAGAUUGCCGUGGGUCUGUUUUCUGUCGAUAAGCAUCAAAGAUGACAUGUUGGUAUUGUCUUUUGAUUCGGAAUUAAUUUCUGGAUCUUUUUUUCGAUUUUUUAGUGGUGAUUGAUGAGAUUGUUCAUAUGAUUGAUUAAUUUGGUUA